AUGAAGGGCCAACUUAAGAAAUUAGAAGGAUUUUUAAAUGCCUGUGCUGUGCAAAGUGUGAAAGUCGAGGAAGGAGAGAAUACAGUAAAUUUGCCUCAAGAUGUGAGGAAAUGCAAGUGCCACUAAAUGUGCAAAGUGCAAGUGCCACUAAAUGUGGCAUGAUGGAAACAUUGGGGCUUUCAAAUCCAAAAAUUGUUGAAAGUAACAUAGGCAGAGCAAACAUUUACUAUAUGCAUCGCACACUCGUCCUGACAAAGGUGAUGAGAAACUUGGUUCAAUUUUGGAACCGAUAGUUGCUGAGUUGAAAGCCUAUAAGGUAAAUAUGCCCCUUACACUGAUUUAUGGAAGCCUUGAAACUAUUUCCGACUGCUUUCUGUAUUUUAGC